AUGGUUGACGCUACAAUGGAUGCAUUUCUCAACUGGAGCACUAAUAUGGAGAUGGAAUUCCCAAACCCUGACAUCUUCCUCUUUGAUCCUGAAUUUGACUUCCCCCUUGAGCCAACUGUUCCUCUCCUGUCACCCAUAUUGCCUCUCGAUUCCCAGACUCAAGAAUUCGAUGAACUCCCUGAGCUGGUCGAAGACAAUCGACUUGAUCUCGCGAAUAAUAUCGAAAGCCUUACUCAGUCGGUUCAUGAUCUGUCUGAGAGGGUUCAAUCUUUGGAGUACCAACUACGAACGGAACAACAGAACGUCAAAUCCCUGGAAGCAUAUAUUGAUAGUUUGCAACCAUUCUUGGUGCAACUCAGCGCAAAGGUUGGACAACUAGCCGAGGGGAAUGGGCGACAUGUGGUGCGGGGAUAA